AUGUACAGCGAGUCGUGUGAUCGGACCCCCGCUGGUAUAUUUGAGCUGGUGGAGGUGGUUGGCAAUGGAACCUACGGACAGGUGUACAAGGGCAGGCAUGUGAAGACAGGGCAGCUGGCUGCUAUCAAGGUGAUGGAUGUGACGGAGGAGGAGGAGGAGGAGAUCAAGCAGGAGAUCAACAUGCUGAAGAAGUACUCACACCACCGGAACAUCGCCACCUACUACGGAGCCUUCGUCAAGAAGAGCCCCCCCGGCCACGACGACCAGCUCUGGCUGGUGAUGGAGUUCUGCGGUGCUGGUUCAGUCACUGACCUGGUUAAGAACACCAAGGGGAACGCUCUGAAGGAGGACUGGAUCGCCUACAUCUGUCGCGAGAUCCUCAGG